UAAUAAAAAUGGCCGGUUCACGCGAGAGGUUACUCUACGACCGUCAUUUGGAUUACGAUUACGGAUACGAGAGGCGGAGACGACACGACUUUAGCAGAUUCGAAGCGCAGCGGUCUGAUGAGAAUCGAGUGCGAUCUGAACGCUUCGAUCAGAUAGGAAGACCGCGACGUAAGAACGGGUACGUUUACGAAGAUAUUUAUUCUGAUUUCGACGAGGCUCAAGGCCGUUUGUCACUAUUUCGACCAAUCAGACCCGAAUAUCUGAACUUACAAUCGACGUAUGACAAUAAAUAUAAUUCGUUGCCUCGUAGCCAUUAUUACAACGACGAUAGGAAUCGUCGUUACAAAAAAGAUUAUUACGACUUCAGAAUUGAAGCCGAACGAAGGAGACCGCGGGAAUCUUAUGAAAUUUACAAACAAAACAAGCCGAAGAACGUAGCCGUUUGUAAGCCGCUUCGUUUGACAGAAAGGAAUGCUAAAUAUUGGACGACAGAUCCGCCGGAGAAAGAUCGAAAGCCGAAACGAGAUGAAACGAAAAAAAUAGUAAAAUUCUCCGAAGUUUCUGGAUCCAGGAAAAUGGUUAUCGACGAUCCCGUUUGUGGACGAAAAGUGGUCGCCGUACGAGAGUUGGAGGUCUCGUUGGAUCAAAUGAUACAAAACGGAUAUUUUGAGAAACACAAUAUACCUAUACGGCUCCCAGAGAAGAAGGAUGACACCAAGAUUUCCGUUCCAAACGGGAAAUGUGUGUCGGGGAAUGAAACGCCAGCGCCACGGAAGUCCCGACAUUUGCCUCAGGUUAUAGCAGCACUCGCUGUAUCGCUGGCCCCGUUCUCAGCGGGACUGGGAAAGGGUUACAGCUCACCAGCAAUAGCAUCCCUUCAAGGUCCCGGUAACGCAACCCGUAGGGACUUCCAACUCACUGACCAACAGGCUUCGUGGCUUGCAUCUCUGUCAUUCCUCGGCGCUCUCUUUGGCGGCAUGGCGGGUGGUGCUGCAAUGCGUCACGGCAGACGUCGAGUGCUGUCAUUGGCUGCAGCGCCAUGCAGCCUAUCCUGGCUGCUGACGGUUCUAGCUACUUCGGUUCGAAUGAUGUGCAUCACAGCUUUCUUGGGAGGAUUCUGCUGUUCUAUACUAACCAUGUUGUCUCAGGUUUACAUCAGCGAAAUAUCAGUACCAGAUAUACGAGGAUGUCUUAGCGCUGUAUUGAAAAUCGUCGGCCAUCUUGGAGUUCUGUUCAGUUUUACUAUCGGCGCCUACCUCGACUGGCAGCAGCUAGCAUUAUGCAUUUCUGCUGCACCCCUACUUCUCUUCUGUACAGUUCUUUACAUACCAGAAACACCAAGUUAUCUCGUUUUAAUUGGAAAAGAUGAAGAAGCCUACAAAAGCCUCCUUUGGUUAAGGGGACCAAACUCCGAUGUUGCUCAAGAAUUGGCCACAAUAAGGACCAACGUUUUAGCCAGCAAAAACUUCAGCCAACGCCAGAGUCAAAUGUCUAGUAGCCAGCUAAUAAAUUCUUUGGAUGUAAGAACAAUUAAUCGUCUCCUUGGACCUAUUUUGGUGACAUGCGGCUUGAUGAUGUUUCAACGUUUCUCAGGCGCUCAUGCAUUUUCUUUCUACGCUGUUCCGAUAUUUAGAAAAACGUUUGGUGGAAUGAAUCCGCAUGGAGCGGCUAUAGCCGUCUCUUUUGUGCAACUGCUUGCGUCUUGCCUGUCUGGACUAUUGAUUGAUACUGUUGGUCGUCUACCAUUACUAAUCGUGAGCUCUGUGCUCAUGUCGAUGGCAUUAGCUGGUUUUGGAAGCUACGCAUAUUAUGAAGAGGUUCAUAGGAAUCAAAGAAUACAAAAUGUGAUGUUUCAUCAAACGGUUGGCCAAAAUGAUUGGAUUCCAUUGCUGUGUGUACUGGUGUUUACAAUCGCAUUUUCUCUGGGUAUGAGUCCAAUCUCCUGGCUCCUGAUUGGUGAAUUAUUUCCGUUAGAAUACAGGGCAUUUGGUAGUGCAAUGGCUACGGCCUUUAGCUAUCUAUGUGCUUUUGUCGGUGUCAAAACCUUUGUAGAUUUUCAACAGGCUCUUGGAUUGCACGGUGCAUUUUGGUUAUACGCAUCUAUAAGCGUGGGUGGUCUAUGUUUUGUUGUGUGUUGCGUGCCCGAAACAAAAGGUAGAGAUUUAGAUGAAAUGGAUCCAAAUUACGUUCAAAGUUUAUCCCCAAAAAGGUAAGUCAAUUUAGGUGGAACAAUUUGUAUACUUGAAAACAACCUCAAUAGACCACAAAAUAACAAUAUUCGAUUAAAGAUAACAAAGUUGAAGUUAUUAUUUUCAAAUUUAAUCAGAAAUUAUUAACUGGAAGGAAAGUGCGGUGAUUGUUUUCAAGUAAACACUGUCAAACAAAUAUAACCAAAAUGUAGGAACAAAAUAAUAUAUCGAAUCCACCACAAAAUUUUGGCUGUGCUUAUUAAAAUUAAACAAUGAUGAUAUUCACUAAAUUUAUAAACGUGGUCCUUUUUGAUUGUAGAGUUUUAGGAAUUAAAUAUAAUACCUAUUUGCAUAUCCUUGGAACCAUAUCUAGGAAUAUUUUCGUCAUUAAAUAUUUUUCAAAUUCUCUGUAUAGUCAGUCUGAUCGAUAAAAAUAGAUAAAAUAUUUCGUAUCGUAUAUGAAAAGAUCGCAAUCACUUAUAUCCCUUCGCACCCACUAUGUACAAAUCCUUAUAUAAUUAUUAGAUUAUAUUUAUUUAUUUAUUAUAGUUAACGUGGAAUGAAGUAUGGAUUAUUUUUAUAAAAAAAAAACUUAAUAUUUUUGAAUAUUUUAGCAAAGUAUAUUUCGGCUACGAUCAUACUGACUAUAUAAAGUUUUUUUAUAAUAAUUUAGGUCCAUUUACCUUCACCUAAAUUGUCUUACAUAAUCUAUAUUCAUAAAAUUAGAAUUACAUACCUUUCUUUAUAAAAAAACAUUACGGUAUUAAUCUUUCACAUUAAUCGCGAUAAAAUUGAACAAUAUUAUGAAUUAAUAAUAAAGAAACCAGCGAAAGAUCAUUUUCACUGCAACGAAUGUUAACGUUAUUCAUAAAAACAAACUCGGAGCCAGUUCUACUAAGAAAUUGUCACUUAAAAUAUAGUAAUUUGCUAUUUAACCUUUUUCGUAUUCAAAAACAGCGAUCCAUUUGCGUUACGGUCAAAGCCUUAUCGGAAUAGAAUUGAAAACGUAUCGUAACCCUUAUAAAUAUGUAAUUACAGGCACAAGGGACAUAAAAUCUUAGUUCCCAAGGAUGGUGGCGCAUUGGCUAUGUAAGCGAUGGUUGACAUUUCUUACAAUGCCAAUGUCUAAGGGCGUUUGGUGACCACUUACCAUCAGGUGGUCCAUAUGCUCGUCCGCCUUCCUAUUCUAUAAAAAAAAUAAACAAAAAUAAGUAGAAUCGGCUUCCUGGAACUUCCGCAAAACACAAUCUUAGGAAAUAAUAAUCAUAAAACACUACGGAUAAUCACGAAAAAUUGUUGAUCUCACUGAAAUCACUCGGAUCGUGUCAGAUUGCCGUCCAAACGGAUUAUGAAAGAAGGAGACAGACACACACUUGCACUUGCUCCUGCUAAUUUAUGUGUAGUUGUUCAAUAUUAUUGAGAUUAAUACAUUUAAAAAACCUUAUAACGAGCUUCCUUACCUAAUUAUAUAUGACAAUAAUAUUAAGACAAUAAAUAAAUAUAUCUUACUCCUAUUUAGACUAAAAAUGAACGCCACGUUUCUAAAUAAUUAUGUUAAGUAACAACUCUGUAGUUGAACCCUAUUUUUAGCUCGAAAGUGUAGGACAUAUAUUUUUCUUCGACUUUCCUUAGCAAUGUCUUACUGAUAUUACUAAUGAUGUAGCUAACCUGUAGGGUUAUUCUCUGAAAACAAACUCGCUACUCACAGCAGAAAACGGUCGUAAAAUGUCAGUAAGUGAUACGCGACAUUGACCGUAAUGAUUAUAACAUGUCAAGAUUACAAAUAUCAAAAUCGUUUAUCACCAUAAGUCGGUUUUCAACAUUUCAUAGCUGAGCAGCGAUGACAGUUCUUAAUAGCACUGUUGAUAAAAUUUGACAAAUAGAGUUAUAUGAGUAUUGUCUCGCUUUGCAGAACGAUUAAAUGAUCGCAUAUAAGAUGCAGAUGACUUUAAUUGAAAUUCUACUUGACAGAUAUUAAGUUAAUAAUAAGUUAUAGUCAGAUAUAUUAAUCAGCAAAUCUCCGUUUUGAAACUAUAACGAAACAUCAGUGCGAAGGGAAAAUAUUUAUAAUGUAAAUUAGACGUGUCUUGAAGUAUUUUUGAAUGAAUAAUUGUGUUUUCCAUAAAAAAGUAAAAAUAUUUUUCGUCGUUAAACUUUAUCUGCUAUUGUUAUUAAGUACAUAUAUAAUUAUGUUGAUCGUUACUAUAUAUAUAU